AUGGACUCGCCUGCAACUCCCUCAGCCGACUUCUCUUCUUCGCCGCCGAAGCGGACCAAGAUCGUGCUCUUGGGCGACCAGAGCGUCGGCAAGACCAGUUUAAUUACUCGGUUUAUGUACGACACCUUUGACAACACGUAUCAAGCUACGAUUGGGAUUGACUUUCUGAGCAAGACGAUGUAUUUGGAUGACCGGACUGUACGGUUACAACUGUGGGAUACUGCUGGACAGGAACGUUUCCGCUCGUUAAUACCUUCUUACAUUCGUGAUUCGUCUGUGGCGAUUGUUGUAUUUGAUAUAACAAACCGCCAAUCAUUCCUGUCGACAUCUAAAUGGAUAGACGAUGUAAGAUCAGAGAGAGGGAACGACGUAAUUAUUGUCUUGGUCGGAAACAAAGCCGACCUUUCAGACAAGCGGCAAGUCACACUAGAAGAAGCAACCGAGAAGUCUACGCAACUCAACAUAAUGUUUAUGGAGACAUCGGCCAAGGCUGGCCACAACGUGAAGAGUUUAUUCAAGAAGAUAGCGAUGUCGCUGCCUGGAAUGGAGAAGGAUACUCAAGGGGACGCCGCGCAAAAGAUCGAUGUCACAACCCCUGCACAGGCGGAGGUACCAGAAGCAUCACAAUGCAAUUGUUGA